AAUCUUCGCGAAUCAACUCAAAUGGAAGGUACGAAAAUCGAAAUCAGAAUCACGAUCACGAUUGAAACGCAUUCAAAACUGCAACAUUAUAUUAAAUGAGAAGAGACAGAGAAAGAGAAAACCGGUAAAAUACCAGUUUCUCCAAAAUCAGGAAUGUCACCGCCAAGUCGACGAAUACUUCAAUCAUUGGAAUAAAGGAUGAACGACCCGCUGAAUGUGCAGGUUAUCCACCGUUAUCGUCGUGGAAGAGAUGAUUUUUCUCAGCGUCGACAGCUAUGGCCGGCGACAGCUCAUCGGGAUGGUGGCGAAGAAAAGGAGAAUUAUACAUGUAAAGAAGUCCGGCCGAGCGGGAGGGGUCGAUAAGAGAAAUCGAAUCGGGCUACGUGGAAUCGUGAAAGUGAAGGUGAACGUCGCCGCUGCGAGAUAGGCCGAUCGAGCCCGAUGAAUACCUGUUGCUGGACCGUUACUGGUCUCUCCCUAUCGUCCGAUCGUUUUUUUCCUCGUUCGUUCUCGCAUCAUUGACGUACACUGCUGUAUCGAGGAAUUUAUCUACGGAUUACACGCGAAACGAUAAACGUCGCACGCGAUAAAGUGGUAUAUUGUACACAAGUCUGCGCGCAAGUGUCAAACGCAGUCUGUCGACGAGUAUGGAAGAUCUAAAGAAGAAAUUGAGCGAGUACAAUCAAGAACAUCUGCUCAGAUUUUGGGAGGAGUUGACAGACGAGGAUAGAAACCAAUUAGAGAAUGAUAUAGAAGAGUUGGAUCUGCAAGAGACUAUUGCGUAUUUUAAGAAUGCUGUGGAAUCCUCCCAGCGUAUUGGUCAAGGUACAUUGGAUGACAAGGUACGACCAAUCGACGAGACAAAAAUUGCCUCUGCUAAGACUUCAACGAAGGAAGAAUUGAAGAAGUAUGAGGAACUUGGUUUGACAGAAGUCGCUGAGAGCCGUGUUGCUGUAUUAUUGAUGGCAGGUGGCCAAGGCACGCGUCUAGGAGUGACUUAUCCCAAAGGAAUGUACGAUGUCGAUUUGCCAUCUCAUAAAACUCUCUUCCAAUUGCAAGCGGAAAGAAUACUUCGUUUGCAAAAUAUGGCAGAACAACAUUGUGGAAAACGUGGAGAGAUUACUUGGUACAUCCUCACUAGCGAUGCUACUCACGAUACCACUGUCGCAUAUCUCAGCCAACAUAAUUAUUUUGGUUUAAACGAAAAAAAUGUCAGAGCCUUUAAACAAGGUAUGUUGCCAUGUUUUACCUUUGACGGGAAAAUUAUUUUGGAUGCCAAACAUCGGAUUUCUAAAGCACCCGAUGGCAACGGAGGAUUGUAUCGCGCAUUGAAAAAUCAUAAAAUAUUGGACGAUAUGGUGCAGCGUGGUAUCCGAAGUAUUCACGCACAUUCCGUGGACAAUAUCUUAGUGAAAGUAGCGGAUCCUAUAUUUAUAGGAUAUUGUUUGCUCUCCGAAACGGAUUGCGGAGUUAAAGUUAUUGAAAAAUCUUCUCCUUCUGAAGCGGUUGGCGUAGUUUGUAAGGUGGAGGAUCAUUAUCAAGUAGUAGAAUAUAGUGAGAUCACGAAGGAGACCGCGGAACUUCGUCAUGAUAAUGGACAACUGGUAUACAAUGCCGCCAACAUAUGCAAUCAUUACUUCACGAUUGACUUUCUAAAAGAUAUUGCAUACUUUCAUGAAAAAGAUUUGAUUCUACACGUGGCGAAGAAGAAAAUUCCUUACGUCAAUGAUGAAGGGGAAAGAAUUACUCCGAAAAUUCCGAAUGGUAUCAAAAUAGAGAAAUUUGUGUUUGACGUAUUUCCUUUCGCGAAGAAUUUUGCGGUUUGGCAGGGAACUCGCGAGGAAGAAUUCAGCCCAUUGAAGAAUUCAAAUUCCGCUGGUAAAGAUUGCUCGAACACUGCUCGCACCGAUCUGUUCAAUCUACAUAAGAAAUGGUUACUGAAUGCAGGCGCGAAGGACGUCGGCGACAGUGUCGAGAUCUCUCCUUUACUUUCAUACGCGGGAGAGAAUCUGUAUCAAAUCGCAAAUAAUCAAUCUUUCGCAGGACCGCAAGUUCUUGAAUAAUAAAAAUAUGAAUGAAAAAGAUUCCGCCGACCUAUGUAACGAGAUAUCUUGGAAACAACAUUGACAUUUACAUUCCUCUGUGAUGAAAUAAGAUUAAGUGUGAGUAAUAUCAUUUAAUUAUCAUAACAAUUAUAUUUUGUAAUAUUGGUUUUGAGAUUUAUAUACAACUUCCAAGCUUUCAAAAUUAAAAAUCAUGUUUACAAUGAUGGAGCUGGUUACUGUCUAAAUGAGAGAAAUAAACAUAUAAAUAAGCAUGAUAUUAAUAACUUUGCAUCGAAUUUUCGGCUGAUACAAAUUAAAGUAUAUAUA